GAAGCUUUCGUUCACCCUUCACACACAAAAUAACUCAAAUAUAUAACCACAACCAUUGUGUAAACCCUCUCUCAUCCUCUUUAAUUUCUGCGCAAUCGUGUCAGCGAGCACAUCAGAGAUCCGUCCAUGGCCGACCCAGUUACAGUCUCUGCUUUCAUGGCCAGCUGGUUCACGCCUUCUUCUCUUUUCCUCUUUCUCAACCUCGUCAUCGGCACCAUUGUCCUCAGUUCCCGUUUCAAUACCCCCAGAAAACCCUACGACCACCACGAUGGCCACCCACAUCUCGUCCGUUCAUCGUCCCUGCUCGAACGUCUUAAGUCCCUCCAUUUCUACAAACACGACACGGCGUUUCCAGAAACCGAGUAUCUUCAGCCCCCUCACGACUCUCUGCAGCUCGUUCGAACGCCGUCACCGAUCGAGCGAGUCAGGUCGUUUGAUUUCCGGUUUAAUAACAGCUGCGAACCACCAGUGCAGAAACAACCGAGUAUCUUCAGCCCCCUCACGACUCUCCGCAGCUCGUUCGAACACUUUCCGUUUAAUAACAACUGCGAACCCACCGGUGCAGAAACAGUGUCCGCUCCGCCCGAUGACCCGACGGAAGACGAACACCCGACCGAACCGCAACUGGCGAGAACUCCCUCGCUCCUGGAGCGUCUCAAGUCUAUAAACUUUUCGUCUCUAUACAGAUCGGACUCAAUCGAAGCGGCCGGAGAAGCAGUUGAAGGUGAAGGUGACGUUCGGGAGUCGAGAGAGGAUCAUGGUUCGAGUAAUUUAGCGAGAAGGAGCAAAUCGGAAACGAGUAAGAGGACGCCGGUGAAGUUACCGGAGAAGAUGAAGAAAUCGGCGAGCGAGAAGUCAGCGUCGAGGAAGCGGGAGGAGGAGGAGGAGGAGGAGGAGGAGACCGCGGCGAGACAUGUGGAAGGUAAUGAAGCGGCGUCGUGUCUGGAGGACGAGAUGGUGGAUGCCAAGGCUGACGAUUUCAUCAACAAAUUCAAGCAGCAACUGAAGCUGCAGAGACUGAAUUCUUUCCUGCGUUACAAUGCUUCUGUGCGUGGAGUCCCACCGUAAGGAUAGGGUCAAACGGGCAAGGAAAGCUGGGGACUGAAAUUACUAAAAGGCCCUCUAAUUAUUAGUCAUUAGUAGUUUUUAAACUUUGGAUGCUCCUUCUCGUCACGUAGUUGUGUUAUAUGUUGUGGGUCUGUU